AGCACUGAAUUGUGCAGAUUUUAGUUUCUUUAGCUCAGCAGCUUUUUACGAAGCACUUCUCUAAUUUCAGAGCUCAUCUUUUCUUUUCCUCUUUUCGGACUAGUUMCCACAUCUGGAUCAGCUGCGUGGUUCUAGUCAAGCUUCUGGGACGGUUUUCUGACUUUGAACUAAUUUUUUUAUAACUUUUUCUAAGCAUCAUGGAGAGCUGGUUGAAAUGGUUGUGGUAUCACAGAAACUACAUCAUCAUCGUCAUCACUCCACUCAUCUUUCUGCCCCUGCCUUUAGUCAGCCCUACCUCGGAGGCAAGAUGUGGUUACGUCAUCAUCCUUAUGGCUCUUUACUGGUGCACAGAGUGCAUGCCUCUGGCUGUGACCGCCCUGCUUCCUGUUGUCCUCUUCCCCAUGAUGGGCAUCAUGAAGGCUGGAGAUGUCAGUAUCGAGUAUCUGAAAGACUCAAACAUGCUGUUCAUCGGAGGCCUGUUGGUGGCCAUCGCAGUGGAGCAAUGGAACCUUCAUAAACGCAUCGCUCUGCGAGUUCUGCUACUGGUUGGUGUUCGUCCAUCCCUGUUGAUGAUGGGAUUCAUGAUUGUGUCRUCCUUCCUGUCCAUGUGGAUCAGCAACACAGCCACCACAGCCAUGAUGUUGCCCAUCGCUCACGCCGUCCUCCAUCAGCUGCAGGCAACCGAGGCUCAAGCAGAAGAGCGAGAUUUCCAGAUCGCAGCUCAAGAAAACCUCGGCUUUGAGAUGGAAACCAAGGAGGAGAUGACAGAUAAGAAGCUUCCACAUGAGAACGGUGCUGCUGAGCCCAUGCAAAAUAUUGAGGCYUGGAAAGAUUCUAGAAGAAAGGCCAUGGAGGAGAAGUACGACCUCCUGACUAAAGGGAUGAGUCUGAGUGUGUGUUACUCUGCCAGCAUCGGAGGAACAGCCACGCUCACCGGCACCACACCUAACCUCAUCCUCAAGGGUCAAAUGGACAAGCUCUUCCCUGGAAACGGAGACGUGAUCAACUUUGCCAGCUGGUUUGGUUUUGCUUUUCCCAACAUGGUGCUGAUGCUGGUGAUCUCCUGGCUCUGGCUUCAGUUUAUGUUUCUGGGCUUCAACCUGAAGAAGUCGUUCGGCUGCGGCGUGAAAAGCGACAGAGAUAAGGAGGCRUACGCCGUGAUGAGAGGGGAGUACAGGAAGCUGGGCGGGAUGAAGUUUGCCGAAGGAGCCGUGCUCACCAUCUUCGUCCUGCUCGUGCUCCUCUGGUUCACCAGGGAGCCGGGCUUCAUCCCCGGCUGGGCCACAGUGCUCUUCAAUCAGGACGGGGCGUUUGUGUCAGACGGAACCGUUGCGAUCUUCAUGUCCAUGCUCUUCUUCAUCAUUCCCUCUCGCUUGCCGACGUUUGGCAGCUACGGCUACAACGAGGCAGGUAAACUGGUGAAGGCUCCUCCGGCUCUGCUGGGCUGGCAGGUCGUUCACGAGCGAAUGCCCUGGAACAUCAUCCUGCUGCUGGGAGGCGGCUUCGCUCUGGCUGCUGGCAGCGAGGUAUCAGGUUUGUCCAAAUGGCUCGGCCAGAGUUUGGCGCCCCUACAGAAGAUYCCCCCCUUCGCCAUCUCCAUCCUGCUGUCCCUCCUCGUCGCCACCUUUACAGAGUGCUCCAGCAACACGGCCACCACCACUCUCUUCCUGCCCAUCCUGGCCUCCAUGGCCACAGCCAUCCAGAUACACCCUCUGUACGUGAUGCUGCCCUGCACCAUCGCUGCCUCUCUGGCCUUCAUGCUGCCUGUGGCCACGCCCCCCAACGCCAUCGCCUUCUCCUUUGGAAACCUCAAAGUCAUAGACAUGGUAAAAACGGGCUUCAUGCUGAACAUCAUUGGAAUUCUCUGCAUUAAUUUGGGCAUCAACACCUGGGGUUACGCCAUGUUCAACAUGGGCACCUUCCCUCAGUGGGCCAACAACACACACAGUCUCCCUUAAGGUUCAGGGAGAUAAAGCCAAACCAAAAAGUGUUUCUAAAAUAACGUUUUACUUUAAUUUAUUUAGUCUAAAAAUGUAUAUUUUGCCCUAAAUUGAACAAAAAGUUGGAUCUCAGAGGCCUCCAACACCUAAACGUCAUUAAGAAAAUAUGUUUUCUUUAAACAAAAAAAGUGACAUCCGCAUUAGAAAGCUGUUUUCAGUUUUGAAUAAUUAGAUCAUUACAAAUUUGGCGCACCAUAAUAAUGAUAAAAAUAGCAACAGCACAUAUUCSAAUGGAGUUAGUGUUUCUAAAUUAAGAAUUACAACCGAGGUAUUUACUGAAGGCUUCUGAGCUUUCAGCUUUAAUAUUAAACUUUAAGCGAACAGCAGUUCCUGGUGUCAGGGACGGAACAAACCAGAAACAGUGGAUGCUUGUUUCCUCGUGAGCAUCGUCCUGCAAGUGUCGACAUUUUAUCGACCCGUUUAUCAUUUACAGAUCACGCUCACGGGUUGGCUUUUACUCUGAUUGUUGCUGGAUUUUUUCAUAAGCACAAUGGAAACAUAAGAGGCUGAAUUAACUGUAUCAGUUAAUUUUAAUUUAUUACCGUAAGCUUAAUUCAUUGUAAGUCUUUUUUAUUUGGUUGCAUGUUUUUCUUUAUCAAUGUUUUUUUUUAUUACACCAAACACACACCGACUUUUCUUUUUGUAAUUUUAAACACCAAMGUGGAAAAUUUUAGGUGAUUAUUUAUAUGCUGCACUUGUAUUGUUUUUUAGAUUAAUAUUGAAAAAUUAAGUUUCUGCUACGUUUUUCAAUAUAAUCCUUUUUUUCAUCAACUGGUAUUAUAAUUGGGUAAAUGGGGAAAUUCAUUCUAACGAAAGUUUCUUUACGAGAAAAGUCAUGUCUUAAUACAAGAUGGUCCAUUUAUGGUUCUUAUAAACAARAAGUCCACUUGAACCUGCUCUAUUACUGAUAAGGAUAAGUUUCUGAAGCAGAUAAAAUGCAAGAGCUUGAAAAAAACAAAWGAGCUUUUAACUGUCGUAGCUAAACGUGGUGAAUAAAUAACAUCUUACCUGUUGUAGAAAGCUUCAGUAACAACUUCAUUAUGGAAAAAUAGAGUUUAGUUCUGACAGGAUUAACAAACAAAAGACCAAAUUGGAUUAUUGCUCUUUAAACUACUCCAGUACAAACAAAUCCACAUGAACACUUAUAUAAAGUCUUACACCUCUUGUUUUUAUUAUAUGCUUAUUUGCACAUUGUGCGUUUUCUUCCUGCAUCAGCUAGAUAUAACAAAUCUUGCAAAAAUAUCCAGAGAUGUAAAGUAACUAAGUACAAAUACUUUGUUACUGUACUUAAGUAGAAAUUUUGGUUAUCUGUACUUUUCUUGA